CAAACGCGAAAAACCACGUUUAGUGAAACGGCCGAAAACGCCCUAGACGUGUCUCUCUCUUCCAGACCCUUUCGUGGCGGCAGUGACAAAAUCCUCUUUAUUGAUAAAAACGUUUGCAAAGUUGCAAUCUUUUUGGGGUUAGUAGUUGAAGAGAAUCAAUCUGACAGCUAAAAUUUUUUGGCGUCUUUCUAAAUCUCUGUUUAGUUGCAUUGUAUCUCGAGAAUUGAGGUGGAUAUGGCCUCGACCCUUUUCUCCAGAAGUUUCUUGGCUGCUAGUCACCGCAUGAUUACUCCUUCUCUUCCACAAAAGAUCUUUAGUCCCGCCACCUUUCUCAGUAGAUCAUUCUACUCUCAGCUAGGCACCGCUUCUACAGCAUAUAAAUCAAGCACAUGGGCUCGUCGAGCCAUGGCUUCUACUGGAGUUGAGACGAAAGCUGGUUACUCGACAUCAUCCAUAUCAACCAGUGAACCUGUUGUUUCUGUUGAUUGGCUUCAUGCUAAUCUUAGAGAGCCUGAUUUAAAGAUUUUGGAUGCUUCAUGGUACAUGCCAGAUGAGCAAAGAAAUCCAAUCCAAGAAUAUCAGGUCGCUCAUAUUCCCGGCGCUCUCUUCUUUGAUUUGGAUGGAAUAUCAGAUCGAAGAACUAGUUUGCCACAUAUGUUACCCACUGAGGAAGCUUUUGCUGCUGGUUGUUCUGCUCUUGGAAUUGAUAACAAAGAUGGAGUGGUUGUCUAUGAUGGAAAGGGGAUCUUUAGUGCAGCUCGUGUAUGGUGGAUGUUCCGAGUUUUUGGACAUGAAAAAAUUUGGGUGCUCGAUGGAGGUCUACCAAGAUGGCGUGCAUCAGGUUAUGAUGUUGAAUCUAGUGCAUCAGGUGAUGCUAUUCUGAAAGCCAGUGCCGCAAGUGAGGCUAUAGAGAAAAUUUAUCAAGGACAAACCGUCAGUCCGAUAACCUUUCAGACAAAGUUCCAGCCACAUCUAGUGUGGACACUUGAUCAGGUCAAGAAAAAUAUGGAGGAUCCGACUUAUCAACACAUAGACGCUCGUUCCAAAGCCAGGUUUGAUGGUACUGCUCCAGAACCCCGUAAGGGAAUAAGAAGCGGCCAUAUACCUGGAAGCAAAUGUGUCCCUUUUCCUCAGAUGUUUGAUUCUUGUAACACACUGUUACCAGCAGAAGAGCUGAAUAAACGAUUUGAACAAGAAGACAUCUCACUGGACAAGCCUAUUAUGUCCUCGUGUGGGACUGGCGUAACAGCUUGCAUCCUGGCAAUGGGGCUUCACCGGCUGGGGAAAACCGACGUGCCGGUCUAUGAUGGGUCGUGGACUGAAUGGGCGACGCAACCAGACUUGCCCAUAGAGAGUGAAGAAUCUUCUUCAUGAAAGUGUCCACGGUAAAGACUAGCGACAAGAUGACAAGCCACAGACGGAAAUAAUGAUCAUGUUUAAGUUGAGGGAUUGGUUUGAAGUAAUCAUAAUCCUGGCUUUAAAUUUGCCUCAACCCUCAAGUCGAAGAGGACUGUAUCUAUAGAACUUGGAUUUUUUUCCUUUUCGUUUCUGGAUUCAUCUUCUUCAGAUAACAAAAGGAUAUGUUUUUCUUUCUAAUAAAAUCAAGAAACAGGAAAUUGCUUAACGAUUCUUAAACAGAGAUCUUGAAACAAUAAUAAACACGUUUUUUGAGUA